CGCUUAGUUACAAUGACAAACCCGCCGCAUGAUCCAUUAUUAAAUAUUUGAGGAGCAACAUAAAUAUUCAGAGAGAGAGACUAUUAUUGUUUCCUGUUAUUCCUCUUUGACAGCAAUGUCUUGUUUCUAGGGUUGGUUAACUUGGUGAUCUAAGACUUCUCCUGCGGAAUCUUAAAACCUAGCCGCGAUGUCGGCAGAAACACAGCCAUAGAGUAACCGCAGCUUCAGCACUUUCAUUUCUCAUUCGAUGAGGGCCCUUCUCAGGAAUCACCUCUUGCGUUUGUCAUGUUCUCCAGCUCGCACGCUUCUGGUUCGGCUUCAAGCGUGCGAGCUGUCAUCGUCAUCUUCUUCUCCUCCUCGUGACUCCCGAUACGUUAGGGUUUCGGUGUGGUGGGAUUUGAGGAGCUGCCCGGUGCCUGAUGACGUGGACCCUUUGAAGGUUGCGCCGGCAAUCAGGCAGGCCGUGAGGGCCAACGGGAUCAAAGGUCCAAUUGCCAUCAACGCUUUCGGGAAUCUUAGCUCCCUCCCCGAGCACCACCUGGACACACUGGCUUCAAGCGGCAUUCAAAUCACCCACUUUCCUCAAGGUUGAAAGAGUUCUGUCAACGUUGAUAUCAUGUUUUGGGCAUACAAAAAUCCUCCACCUGCACACCUCUUCCUGAUAUUGAGUGAUAUAGGUUUUGCUGGCUUAUUACACCGGAUAAGCUUGAAUAAUUACAAUA